CUGACAGUGGAGGUGCCUGACAGUGGAGGUGCCUGACGGUGGAGGUACCUGACAGUGGAGGUGCCUGACGGUGGAGGUACCUGACGGUGGAGGUAGGGGCGGUGCCUGACGGUGGAGGUGCCUGACGGUGGAGGUAGGGGCGGUGCCUGACAGUGGAGGUGCCUGACAUUGGUAGGUGCCUGACGGGGGUGGAGGUAGGGCGGUGCCUGACGGUGGAGGUGCCUGACGGUGGAGGGGUCAAACAGCUGUAACUUCCCCCGUUAUAAGGUGAGUGAUUUUUUAUAUCGUUGACUUCCUCAAACAAAGUUUGAGUGCGUGCAUGAACAGAAUGGACAAGAGAGGAGGAAUUAAAAUAAAUAUAACUACAAGGAAAAACUAUAAAGUAAAGAGAGAACCAACGAGAGGUUAUGUUGAUUGUUUCUCUAUGGUCCGUACUUCAGAGGCGAUGGUCCACCACAAUCUCUUGUUGUUUUACCUGUCCAGACCUAGUCCAGACAGCAGAGAGCCUGCAGAGUGAUGAAGUUCAAGAGUGGCUGCCAAUUUUUACCAACAUGAAAAGGAGAAUCCCUCAGACACCAGUUUCCCCGGAACCUGGACCUGAACCAGAACCCAGCUGUGUGUCCCUCAACAGUGACUGCUCGCAUGAUCGUGAUUUCAAUUUUAAACGACAAAAAGACUCUGCUGCAAAGAUCCCUCAGAGACGAGAUUCCUCUGGACCUGAACCUGAACCCAGCUGUGUGUCGCUCAACAGUGAUUGUUCGCAUGAUCGUGAAAUCUGUUUUAAAGGACAAAAAGACUUUGCUGCAAGAGUUGACCAACAGAACUUGAAGGUUCCCAGUGGUCAGCCUGCCCAGGCGCAUCAAACACACCUUGACUCUACAUGUAUGUUCCAGCUGCUGGAGGAGAACAUUGUGACUUUUGUGAAGAAUGAGCUGAAGAAGAUCCAGAAGAUUCUGUGUUCAGAAUACCCAGGAUGCUUGGAGAGCCAGAUGGAGGAUGAGGAGGAGUUGGGUGAUGAGGAGGUAAAGCAGAGGAAGAGCAGCAGAGAAGCAUUUCUGAAGAUCACGCAGCACUUCCUGAGGAGAAUGAACCAGGAGGAACUGGCUGACCAUCUGCAGAGCAGAUAUCCUGUUCCAGUUUAUCAGUAUAAACUUAAAUCUAACCUCAAGAAGAAGUUCCAGUGUCUGUUCGAGGGGAUUGCUAAAGCAGGAAAUCCAACCCUUCUGAAUCAAAUCUACACAGAGCUUUACAUCACAGAAGGAGAGACAGGAGAAGUCAAUAAUGAACAUGAGGUCAGACAAAUUGAAACCUCAUCCAGGAAACUAGAAAGACCAGAAGCAACAAUCAGAUGUAAAGACCUGUUUAAACCCGUACAUGGAAGAGAUGAACCAAUCAGAACAGUGAUGACAAAGGGAGUGGCUGGUAUUGGGAAAACAGUCUUAACACAGAAGUUUGUUCUGGACUGGGCCGAAGACAAAACCAACCAGGACAUUCAGUUCACGUUUCCAUUCACUUUCAGAGAGCUGAAUCUGCUUGAAGAGAAAAAGUACAGCUUGGUCGAACUUGUUCAUCACUUCUUUAUUGAAGCCAAAGAAGCAGGAAUCUACAGGUUUGAAGAGUUCAAGGUCGUGUUCAUCUUUGACGGUCUGGAUGAGUGUCGACUUCCUCUGGACUUCCACAAUGCUGAGAUCCUGACUGAUGUUACAAAGUCCACAUCAGUGGGUGUGUUGCUGACAAACCUCAUCAGGGGGAAACUACUUCCCUCUGCUCACCUCUGGAUAACCACACGACCUGCAGCAGCCAAUCAGAUCCCUGCUGAGUGUCUUGACAUGGUGACAGAGGUCAGAGGGUUUACUGACCUACAGAAGGAGGAGUACUUUAGAAAGAAAUUCAGAGACAGGAAGCAGGCCUGCAGGAUCAUCUCCCACAUCAAGACAUCACGAAGUCUCUACAUCAUGUGCCACAUCCCAGUCUUCUGCUGGAUCACUGCUACAGUUCUGGAGGAUGUGUUGAAAACCAAAGACGGAGGAGGAGAGCUGCCCAAGACCCUGACUGAGAUGUACAUCGACUUCCUGGUGGUUCAAUCCAAACUGAAGAACGUCAAGUAUGACGGAAGAGCUGAGACAGAUCCACACUGGACUCCAGAUAACAGGAAGAUGAUUGAAUGUCUGAGUAAACUGGCUUUUGAACAGCUGCAGAAAGGGAACUUGAUCUUCUAUGAAUCAGACCUGACAGAGUGUGGCAUCGAUAUCACAGCAGCCGCGGUGUACUCAGGAGUGUUCACACAGAUCUUUAAAGAGGAGAGAGGGCUGUACCAGGACAAGGUGUUCUGCUUUGUCCAUCUAAGCAUUCAGGAGUUUCUAGCUUCUCUUCAUGUCCAUCUGACAUUCAUCAACUCUGGAGUCAAUCUGCUGUCAGAAGAACAAUCAACUUCCCAGAAGUCUGAAAUACAAAAAGACACAUCUGCAGAGACACAGGUCUACCAGAGUGCUGUGGACAAGGCCUUGGAGAGUCCAAAUGGACACCUGGACUUGUUCCUUCGCUUCCUCCUGGGCCUUUCGCGACAGAGCAAUCAGACUCUUUUACAAGACCUUCUGACACGGACGAGACGUAGCUCACAGGUGACUCAGGAAACAGUCCAGUACAUCAAGAAGAAGAUCAGUGAGAAUCUGUCUCCAGAGAAAAGCAUCAACCUGUUCCACUGUCUGAAUGAACUGAAUGAUCGUUCUCUAGUGGAAGAAAUCCAACAGUGCCUGAGAUCAGGUAGACUCUCCACAGACAAUCUCUCUUCUGCUCAGUGGUCGGCUCUGGUCUUCAUUCUACUGUCAUCAGAAAAAGAUCUGGAUGUGUUCGACCUGAAGAAGUUCUCUGCUUCAGAGGAGGCUCUUCUAAGGCUGCUGCCAGUGAUCAAAGCCUCAGAUAAAGUUCUACUGAAUGGCUGUAACCUCUUAGAGAGAAGCUGUGAAGCUCUGUCCCUAGUUCUGAGCUCCCAGUCCUCUUGUGUAAGAGAGCUGGACCUGAGUAACAACAACCUGCAGGAUCUCGGAGUGAAGCUGCUGUCUACUGGGCUCGAAAGUCCACAUUGUACACUGGAAAAUCUCAGGCUUUCAGGCUGUCUGAUCACAGAGGAAGGCGGUCUCUCUCUGGUCUCAGCUCUGAACUCAAACCCCUCUCAUCUGAGAGAGCUGGACCUGAGCUACAAUCACCCAGGAGACUCAGUAGUGGAGCAGCUGUCUGCUAAAUUAGAGGAUCCACACUGGAGUCUGGACACUCUCAGGGUGGAGCCUCGUGGAGUCCAAUGGUUGAGACCAGGUCUGAGGAAGUAUUUCCGUGAACUCACACUCGACACCAACACCGUUAACGGAUUCCUCAAACUGUCCGACGACAACAGGAAGGUGUCACAUGUGGAGGAGAAUCAGUCCUAUCCCGAUCACCCAGAAAGAUUUGACAAGUGUCCUGAGGUGCUGUGUUCAAACGCUCUGACUGGCCGCUGUUACUGGGAGGUCGAGUGUAGAGGAGAAGUUUUUAUAGCAGCGACUUACAGAGGAAUCAGCAGGAAAGGAGACAGUGAUGACACCUGGUUCGGCAGGAAUGAUCAGUCCUGGAGUCUGACCUGCUCCAACUGUCGUUUCUCUGUCUGGCACAAUAACCAAGGCACCUCCAUCACCUCCACCUCCACCGCCUCCACCUGCUCUGUUUCCACCAGGGUAGCAGUGUAUGUAGACUAUCCUGCCGGGAUUAUGUCCUUCUACAGAGUCUUCUCUGACACACUGAUCCACCUCCACACCAUCAACACCACAUUCACUGGACCUCUUUAUACUGGGUUUGGGUUCAGGUAUGGUGUGUGGUCUGACUCCUCAGCAUCUCUGUGUUCUCUGUAGGAGGGAGAGUCUCCUCCUCUUACUAUAUACUGACCAGAGAGUUCAGUCUAUACACAAUGACACACAGCUGAUUUUAGUUAGUGAUUGUAAAUGCAGUUUAGUUGUUAUUUCUGCAAGACUCAGAGAAUAUCUUUACCAUUGCACACAUAUGAGAUUAAGAAAACAGCUAUAAAAACAGGUAAAAAUAAAGCAAUGCGCAAAAGCAAAACCAGUAUAGUAUGUGGAUGUGUAUUAAUCACUGAAAACUGAGGUUAUUACUUAAUUACAGCAACUAUCAUAGAGUCGUAGAUGCAGAUACUGGCUGCAAUAUACAGACAGAUCAAAGGAGAGGUGGCCUUAAAACAUAUGCACAUUGAAAGUGCACAUCAUCUUUUGUACAUUAUUUGUGCUGUGUUAUAUUCUACUGCAGUAUGCAUAAUGGAUGUAUUGUUGCCUCAGUAAUAAAACUGAAAAACAAAGAAUAUACAGCACUGUGUGACGCAGAAUGUGAUUUGUUUUUUUACAGGAUAGCCAGCUUUGCUUGCA